AUGAAGCUAUUAACUCGACCUGCCUACGAAACACUUCUCUUCGUGUCUCUUGCGAUAGCUCAUGAUAACGAUGGAUCAAUGGAUAUAGACACAACAAUGAGGGCAGUGGAUGUGCACGCAAGUUCUAUUAUCGCAAACCCAACAGCUCCCGUCGCACGCAAUAGCCAAGACCAAGGUCCUACGAGCUACUUUUCCUAUGGCGAGUACUCGAGCACCAUCCUGGCGCAUAUUGUGCUGAUGACCAUAGGAUGGUGCUUCAUUCUUCCUGCAGUCGUUCUACUUAGUACUGGCCGUUCGCGCCUUGCGCUGCCGUUGCAUUUUCUAUUCCUAGUCUUCAAUGCCCUCAGUCUACUUUUUGGAAUCAUCUAUAACAGUCAGACCCCCGAUUUGUACGAGUAUAACGCCCACCCCAAGAUCGGUUGGAUUGUGUCAUGUGUCAUGACCUCACAGAUUGUCCUGGCCUUGAUAUUUGUGUACAAUGGUCGAGGCGAGUCCAAGCUGCGGCAAUGGAGAUCUUUCAAUCGUGUUGCGUUUAUCCCUGUCGCUACAGAUGAGCAACAAUACCACUCGUCCGGCGAAAGUACCCAGGGAACUGAAUCAAGUUUGUCGAUUCGCAGUCCUCCACUGUCAGACUACGAUUCGCAAGCCGACUAUGAUGGCUUCGAAAACCCCGAAGAUCCCCAUCCACUACGUCGCUGGCUUAAUAUUUCUGUUGUCAAUCGAUUCCUCGCAAAACCCAUGUCUGGAAAAGCCUCGGACAGCAUUCUACGCAUUUCCAAUAGCCUAUAUGAUGUGAUCGAUCGUAUCAUUCUUCCAUUUGGCUUUAUUGCUAUUGUCACAGGGGCUGUUACUUACGGUGGCAUAUUCAAGAGCGGCGAGAUAUUCAAUGGCCUAGCGCACUUUAUAAAAGGUGGAAUCUUCUUUUGGUAUGGUAUUCUCACCCUUGGACGCUUUAUCGGAGCUUGGGCAGAUCUAGGGUGGGCCUGGAACAAGAAACCCCCAGAAAGUGUCGUCGGUUGGAAAGCCAAAGUCCCAUCAGGCGAGUUUGUGGAGUCAUUUGUUAUCUGGCUGUACGGCACCAGCAAUGUCUUCUUAGAGCACCUGGCUGGCUGGGGGAAAGAGUGGACGGUAUCUGAUAUGCAGCACGUCUCUAUUUCUAUCAUGUUCUUUGGUGGUGGUCUUGUCGGCAUGCUCUUUGAAUCCCAGCGUAUUCGGGACAUGUUAAACAACACCUUGUUACGCUUACGGCCCCUUCCUUGUGAAUCUGAUGAAGAGUUCUGGCAGCCUCCUAAGUCACAGGGGGCUCACAUUAAUCCGAUGCCAGCUCUUAUCAUCAUGCUGCUAGGGUUGAUGAUGGGAUCCCACCACCAUGACAGUAUGACUUCGACUAUGGUACACAAACAAUGGGGCAAUAUGCUCGUGGGAUUCGCGAUUGCUCGCGGAAUGACGUACGUCCUGCUAUUUCUGCGUCCAUCAACCUCGUACCUCCCGGCUCGUCCCCCCACUGAGAUCGUGGCUGCAUUUUGCCUUAUAUCCGGAGGACUCAUAUUCAUGCUCAGUGCCCGUCAAGUGAUCGAAUCCAUGGAGUUCUAUGAGCUGGACGCCAUGUUUACCUUCACCGUGGGAAUGGGUUUCACAGCCUUUAUUAUGUCGCUGGUGGUUCUUAAUAUCGCAAUCAGGGCGUGGGCCUUGAAUCGUGCCAGUGAGGGUACACAAAAUAGACCGCUAUCCUGA